AAAUAUCGAAAACCGCGAAUCCAUCAAUAGUUUUAAAGCGUUGCUGCAUUUCUUUCAUCGCGCUCUUAGAAUUGUGAUUGGAAUUUCAGUAAAAUGUCGGAUGAUCCGGACUAUUUAUAUGCGCUAAAGCUGCAGCAGCAAUUGGAUGCUGAAAUGUCAAAUGGCAAUGCGAACAACGCACCACAGAGUGAGGAGCACAGUGACUAUGAAUUGGCGCUAAUGUUGCAGAAUGAAAUGAUCAACGACAGUACAGAUGGCAAUGGCAAUGGAGAUGUAGAUGAUUCAAUUGAAAAUGUCAGUAUCCGGGCUCUCGAUAUGACCCACAACAACAACACAAACAAGAACAAAAACAACAGCGACAACAUAACUCUGGUCAAGGAGCUGGAACGUCGCAAUGGGAUAAAUAAACAAACAUCGAGCUUUGACACGUAUCUGGAUCAGACACAGAAUUUGGUUCAUCCGGAAUGGGAGCUGGUCGAUCCCACUCCAGAUAUAUACGCAAUGUUCGUGCGCUUCGAUGAAAAGUUCUUCCAGCAUCGUCUGGGCGCUGUCUCUGUGGAAUGGAGCAAACGCAUGUAUUCAUGCGCUGGCAUUUGCUAUCAGCGUGGCAACAGAUUCGUCAAGGAGAUCAUAAUCCGUCUCAGUGAGCCAUUGUUAAAACUGCGGCCACGCAAGGAUCUGGUCGAGACUCUGCUGCACGAGAUGAUACAUGCGUAUUGUUUUGUCCUCAAUAUACGCGAGGGUAACGGUGGGCACGGUCCCAACUUUAAGCGCAUUAUGGGAACCAUUAACAAGGUGGCGGGUACAAAUAUCACAGUCUAUCAUUCCUUUCACGAUGAGGUUAAUGCCUACAAGACGCAUAUUUGGCGCUGCAAUGGCAUCUGCCAACACCAUAAUCCAUUCCAGGGCUGGGUGAAGCGCACCUCGAAUCGGGCUCCUGGUCCCAGCGAUCAAUGGUGGGCCAAACAUCAGAGUGAAUGUGGCGGCAUUUUUGAAAAGAAGAGCGAGCCACAGAAGCCGUCAGCCGUCAAACCGGACACACAAGCCAAGGUCAAGUCAAAACAGCAGUCCGCAUCUGGAGGUGGCGGAGGUGACAUACGCAACUAUUUUGAAAAGCCCAAGCUGCCAAGGAAAACGGUGCCAAAUAUAAUGUCAACUGGCAAUGUGGUAAGCGCUCUGCCGCCCACCUCCUAUCCAGGCACAUCCAGCAAACCUUUUGAGGGACUGCAGACACGCGACAACAAAAGACGCAAGCAUAACGAACCCAAUAAAAUCUUUGGCUUCAAAGAUUUGACCGGUGACAAUAGCAGCGAUGGCGAUGAGGAUCAACGUAAACCACGAGACGAUCAACAGGCUAAUGGAAUGCAAGGUCCUGGCUACAGUCUGACAAAUGGCAAGGACAGAAGCUCCUUCCACAAUAUGUCGGAUGCCAACAAACGGAAUCACUUGCGUGACAUGUGGGCAAAUCGUUAUAGCAAAGACAAUGAAAAGACUGAGGCCAAGAAGCAGCCAGAGGAAAGCCGAAAGCGUCGUCUGUCCUCCGCCAAUGACAUAGUGUCCUGGGAAAACUAUGAUGAUGAUGUUAUGGUACGCGAUGUGGUUGUGCCUAUAAUUAACAUUUCCGAUAGUGAGGACGAUACCGAGACAACUGAUACAAGGAAAACUGAACGACCAAAAGCCAACCAUCCAAGCAGCCAAGAGCUUACAACUAUGAUUAAACGUGAGAUCAUGGAGGAUGAAUCAAUUUACGAAGACGAUGACAUUAUGAUGAUUGACGAUGAGUAUGAUGCGGAUGUUGAUAACUUGACAGCCGCUUCUGAGCUCGCUGAUCAGUCCAUCAUUGAUGAUCUCUUUGGGGAGGAUACGCUCCUAAAGGAAUUCCAGCGUGAAAAUGAUGUGGUGCCUUGUGGCUCACGUAAUCUACCUGAUGCUGGCAAUGAUAUAACAACCUGUCCCAUUUGCUUUGACAAAAUGAAACGUUCCGAAUUUGCAAACCAUUUGGAGGGAUGCAAUAUCAUCAUUCGAGUACCGCCGCCAUCGAUGAAGGGAAGGACAAACCUGCCCCCCACCAGCAAUGCCAUUAACAAAGGCAAACCAAUUAAGCGCAAAAGGAACAAAUCGAAUCAGAAACAGAUUCUAAAGAGCUCUGGUUACACCGAUUCAGAAAUUGCCGCACUGAAUCUCAGCUCGUCCAGUGACUCGACUCCCAGCACAAGCGAUGAAACUACGCCUCGUCAAAUGCGUCAACGUAGCUUGCAUAAAAAUACUGUACAGUGUCCCAAAUGUGGCCAAGAAUUGCUUGGACACCAAUUGGAGGCACAUCGCAAGAUUUGCAAACGCGGAAAGCGCUGAAAAGAGACAAAAAAAUUCCCUUUGUUACAAGGACUUACAUUUAAGUUGCCAAUGUUACAACGACUUGCAUUUAAAUUCGAAUAGUAUUACAGAUUGCCAUCUAGUUGAAUGUCCAAUCAAUUUUUGUGUUUUUGAAUUAUUACUGUGAAAUUUAUGUUUUUAUUUAUGUUAUUACAGUUCAAAUUCGAAUAUGUAACCGAAAAACUACCAAAUUCAUUUUUUUUUAUUAAUUAUUAAUGUUCAAAAUAGUGGAUUUCCAAACAGCUGUCGAAGAAAUUUUCGUUCCUUUAGCAUGUAAUUUCCUACAUUUGGUCCAGCGACAGAAAGAUCAGUUAUAAAAAUCUAUUAAAUAUAUUUUAUUAUAU